AUUAAAUAUGAAGAUUGCAUCCGCUGAAAAAACAACUGAGAAGAAAGAGAUGACUAUAAGUAGUGAUCCUGUCACAGCACAAUCACAUAUUCCGCAAAGUACCAUAACGAGACAGCAGGAUUAUGAAAAACCAACGUUAUCAAAUGUAAGUAAUUAUCAUGCUAAUAAUAUAAUUCAGAACUGAAAUCUAUACUUCUUUUUCACUUAGCUGUAUAUCGUCCCUUUUUAGACAGAUGACGAGAACACAAAAGCAGAAUUUUUGAGAUUAAAAGGAGAAAAUGAAAAGUUGAAGGUAUUUUUUCAUUUACAUAAAGAAUUUUAAUUUAUACAUUUGAUGAAUCCAUAAUUAUAAGAAAUUGUUACUAAAUGUAACGUACGACUUCGUUGUCUUAAAUUUUUCAUUUGAGUUGCUUAUUAUAAGUAAUAGCAUGGCUUGAGGGAGAUUAGUGAUUAAAUGACCCCGUAACCCAAUUAUUUCAUCAUUCGAAGCGAGAGGGAACCAUGCCUCCAUAUAUGGCACAAGCGUGUCCCCAACUUCCUUAUAUGGCACAAACGUGUCCCCCGAAUAUUUUAUCGAGGCUGCUCUGAUGUCAUACUGAUUUGGACAGGUCACGUGGUUGUGAUUUGGACAGGUCACGUGGUAGAGAAUCCAGACAGCUGAUUUGGUUAGCGAGUGACAACGCCCACUUUGAUCCUUCCCUCCUAUUAUUAGUGGAAAUCACGGGCGUGAGGUCGCCGUAAACCCCAAAGCUUGCUGUGCUUAGGUUCUAUGUGCGGAUUUUGAUAAUAUACCGUGUUUGCAUAGUAUGUAAAUGUAUUUAUGGAUUUAGAAAUACUGUCACGCAAGAAAUUGAACAGUUCAGGUGCCUUACGCUUUAUUUUAACUACUAUUUAGAAUAUAUUGUUGUCAAAUUGGAUUGGUCCUAAAUCUCGUGAUUUAAUGUAAAAUUUAAUCUGAAACGCGUUUAGUUUUUGCCGAUAAACGGCUUUUAAAAAGUUUCUGCUUAUUUUUUAAGGUAGUAAUAUAACCACUCAGCACAGCAUUUUCACAUUGGUACUACCCACACUGGUACAGACAGUUUUAGUACACUAUUUACAAAAGAACGCUUUUAUAUUUAAAAAUCUUUCACUUCUGACUUUACGUAGGAUGAAAGGAUGAUCGCGUUUUCUUUUUUCGGGCAAUAGUUCAUAUAAAAUAUGUUCAGGAUUAUCUAAAAUUCCAUCGGGAAUUAUGUCUCUCAUUUCAACUCUUUCAGUACAUAACUUGUCAAUGCGCCCUAAAUUUAAUACCGUAUAAAAGUAACGAUAAUAUAAAUGGGUCAAUAUCCGUAACCUCUCUCCUCCGCAGACUUUAAAAAGUUAAUAUAAAGAAAAACUCCGCUGAGUCGUUGAGAGAGGAAUGCAGGUGCGAAACCAUGCCUGUAUAUUUAGUUUUUUUUGUAGGUAGCCAAAAACAUUUUGCAGUUAGCCCAAUAGCCCUCAAGCGAGUCAAAUCCUGUGACUGUUUUAUAUUAUCAAAAUUGAGUGCUGCCUAAUUUGGUGAAACCAUUAAACCAAUUGGCAUUACCCCAUUGGUUGAAUAUUUUGAUAUAUGAAGCCAACAAAGUUGUCCGCUGAAAAAUAAAAUUCGGCCACAGAACAGGAAAAUACUCGAAACAUACAACGUUUGUCGUUUGUUAGAUUAUGUUUUUAGUUUUACACUUUUAUUGUUUUAAUAAGAAUAAUAAUUAAUAGUAAUUAAUAAUAAUAAGAUGAAUAAUUCAACUUAUUAAAAUUUUUGAAAUUCUUAAAUGUCAUUGUCUAGCGCACGAAAAAUAUGCGGGCUCGACUGGCCAGCGUUUCACAUGCAAUGUUCUUAGUAAUACUUAGUGUAAAUUGUGAAAUAAUAAAUCAUAUUCAAAGAAUAGAAAUCCAGAAAAUGCAAAUAUUGCAAUUAGUUUGUGGAAAAUUUUAAGUAUUUUUUUAGUUAGUAUGCAUAAAACUUCAGAGUUCAGACAAGGAUUGCAGUUAGCUUCAGACACUUACCUAGGAUACACCAAUACCUAGGAUAUCCUGUUUUGACAGGCAUGUGCGAAACGAGAACGUUUUCGAGAUUUCAUUUUACUUUGCGCCCACGUUCCUCUCUUUUCUUCCUUAUAAUCACCGGACGUUCCCCACUCUGCCCUUCGGUGGCGAAGUGGUCAACACACUUGCCUUUAACCUCUAAGGUCGCAGGUUCAAGUCUCAGGGAGAACUUUCUCGACGCGACUCGAACCCAGUCCUCAUGUGAGAAGAGUAAAAGUCAACGCUCUGCCGAACGUCGUGGGUUUUCUCCUGGUUUCCUCUCACUGGGAAAGUUGACAGGGUGGGUUCGGUAAAAGGGCCCACAGAAAUUGGCAUAUGCUGUUGUGGUAACUGGUAACCCUGCCCUAGUUCGCAAAGCUAAAUAAAUAAAAUAAAUAAACCCUUUACAACUUCAUGUUAGGAACACAUAAUAGUUAGAAACACAUGAUAGUUAAUGUCGGAAACCUCGGCGGAGGAGAGAAACCCAUACCAUAGAAUAAAGAUCCUUAUAGAAGGGCCACUUACGUCGGAAGCUUUGAAGUUUCUGUCCUCGCGCAUGUCGCAUUACGCAUGUUGGCCGCCAUUUUCCUAGCCAGUCAAUGACAUUUUCUGGCCAAUAAACACGCUGUACUGGCUGGCUGCUCCGCCUUCUGGCCAGUAAACUGCAUAUUUUUGCAUAAAAAAACGCGGACACGUUGCACCGCUGAGUGGCCCUUCUGUUACUGAUCUUUAUUCUGUGCCCGUACCUUCUACAUAGAUAAGUGGAAGCACAGCUUCCAAGAUGGUGGCUGAUUUUCGAGCUCCGAUGUUUUUCGUUUUAUUUCGUAUAUUACUUGGACAAAGACUCCAAAAUGUAUCUGCCUGUACUGCAUAAUUGAACGGUAUUGCCUCAGACAUAUAUAUCUGGAAAGAAACAAGCCCUUUUUGGGUGAAUUAAAAUAGUUUAUGGUCAAAGUAGCGAUGGACGACUUGAGUCACAUGGCGUGAAAUAUCUUGCUGCCCGGGUGAAGCGAUACCCGAAUUCAACUUCCACAUUUCAAUUAACUCGUAUAGCAAUAAGUGGAGACGUGUCUCCUAACCCUGGACAUUCAGUGAAGUUCAUUCAUUUGUUCAUGGAUGCAUCACUGAUCUGAAAUAAGACAGUAUAACGCAUCUAUAGUAUACAAAAGUGAAGCCGGAAGUCACCGGCCGCCACCCGAUUCUGGGCCCCCUUUUUUGUAUAGAUUUGCAUUACAGACGGUAGUUUUUCGCGUUUUUUGCCUUGGCUACGUUUCCGACUGGGCCAAUUUUACAAUCACAAAGAUAGAAGCAAAUUUACACUUCUCGACAAGGCGCCGAGGAAUGCUCUUGACAAAAUUGAUAUUUAAAACUGUUCCUUAUAAAUUCAUAUAAAUAUUAUAAAAGUAGCCUCAAGGUAUUUUAAGUACUAUUUAAAAAACGAGCAGGAGUGUUUUAUUAGGUUUAAAGCCACGAGCGCGCAGCGCGAGUGGCUUUAGACCUAAUAAAACACGACCCGCGAGUUUUUUAAAUGACUUCAAAAACGUAUGCAUAAUAAGUCAAAUCUUUAUAUAAAAACCUUUAUAUAAAAAUCUUUAUAUAAAAAUCUUUAUAUAGUUUGCAUAACAAUGGUCUUUUGUUAAAGUGUUCUUUAGCUGGUAUAAAGACGUAUGCACGUGACUAAUUUCUUACUCAAGAUUGGAUAAUGAGAAUUAUCAAUGAGUUUUUGAAAACUAUUUAAACCUCAGUACGCUUUUGUUCACAAUGUAGCUGCUUCAUUUCCUCAAAUUUCCUGAGAAUAUUCGUCCAGUAACAGUAAUUCCUUUAUAUUUUGAGUUGAUUUUGUAUGAAAGUAGCAAAACGAGCUCGUGUUGAUAAACAAAGUCUGAGGCUCUCCACUCCUUCAGAGUUGUAAAUCCCGUUUCGUGGCGUUAUAAAGCCAUAAUACUCCAAAUUUUUUGCUCAAAAUUUUUCUUGUAUGCUUCUAUCUUUGUGAUUGUAAAAUUGGCCCGGUCGGAAACGUAGCCAAGGCAAAAAAACGCGAAAAACUACCGUCUGUAAUACAAAUCUAUUCAAAAGUGGGGCCCCAGAAUCGGGUGGCGGCCGGUGACUUCCGGCUUCACUUUUGUAUACUAUAGAUGCGUUAUCCAGUCUUAUUUCAAAUCAGUGGCAUGCAUCAAACGCAGUUGAGGACCAGGUGGGGGAAAAUGUUACUAGUGAAACUGAUAAGAGGGAUUUUACCAGUCUCCCCAAUCUUCGAACUGACCACAGUUCAGAAUUCCUCAUAGGCCAUUUGAACAUAAACAGCUACCAAAAUAAAUUUGAGGAAAUGAAGGAAAGUGUACUAAAAUUGAGAAUACAAGUGAUGAUAAUCAGUGAAACGGAAAUCGGCUCCUCUUAUCCAGACAGUCAAUUUGCUAUACCUGGAUAUAUGAUAUAUCGCUGUGAUAGGAAUAAAGGAGGGGGUGGAAUUCUAGUCUACGUAUCCUCAAGGGUAAUCUGUAAGCGGGUUAAAGUUCCUCGAUGCUACAAGUCGAUUGAAUCCCUGGUGUUGGAAAUUCAGCUGAAAAAAGGUAGUGUUGUCGUGGCGGGUCUGUACCGACCCCAAAAACCUCUUGUAAGCAACUAUCAGCAACAGUUUGAGGAGGAGAUCAAUCAUUUGUGUAACUGGGUUUCAUUACAGAGACAGGCAGUUGUAAUGUUGGGCGAUUUGAACCUCGAUAGACUCCGGCCGGACAGAGCUGAGGGCAAGUUAUUGAUUGACAAAGAGGAGACUCAUGGAUUCGAAUGUUUGAUAACACAACCAACAAGGAUACAGACAAGAGAUGUCAUUCUGACAAACCAACCAAAUUUGUUUAUUCAUAGUGGAGUUUAUGACCCAGGGCUUAGUGACCACCCACUGGUGUAUGGAUUCGUGCAUGAGAAGGUACCCAAGUGCAAAGCUAGAGUUAUUAAAUUUCGUUCAACUGAGAAUCUAAAUGAGGAUGAUUUCAAGAAUCAUGUGAGAUGCGCACUUUGGCAUGUUGGAGCAGUUUUUGAUGAUGUGGAAGAUCAAGUUGGCUUUUGAGCACUCUUUUGACUAAAAUUGUUGAUGCGCAUAUGCCACGUAAACAGAUGCUGGUUAGGGAACAGAAUGUCCCCUUCAUGAUCAUAGAAUGGAAGGAAGCAAUGCGAGCAAGACGUAAGGCGGCUAAGCGGUACCGAAAAACCAUCUCACUCGAGAACUGGGAAUUACUAAGAAAGUUACGAAAUGACGCGACAAGACUCAGACGGAAGGCAAUUAAGGGUUAUUGGAAAAGAAAAUCAAAGGAACUAAAGAUCACCCCCCAAGACUUCUAUAAAACGUUCACACCCUUUUGGGGGUCGAAAUCGAGCUCAAUAUCAAUGGCCAAGUUAUAUAGUAGGGGGAGAUUGCAGAGAUCUUUGGAGAGUAUUUUGCAACAAUAGCUGAUGGUAUUGGCCAAGUUGAUGCAAAUAAGAACUCCUUAGAUGAUUUUGAUGAUCACAGUAGUGUGACAGCCAUUACAGAUUCCAAUCCUACGGACAAUCAAUUCCUUAAAUUCCUUAAGAUAGAAACAAGGGACGUGAAAGAAGCAUUAAAGGGGCUAAAUCCGCGCAAAGCUACAGGAUGGGACCAAUUACCACGUAAGGCAUUGAAGUUGGGGGCAACAGAAAUAGCAUUACCAUUAACGAAUUUGUAUAAUAUUUGUAUUGAACAAGGACUCUGGCCGAAUGACUGGAAGGAACGCGAGUGGACUCCAGUCCACACGAAAGAUGAUAAACUUGAAAGAGAAAAUUAUCGGCUGGUGACUGUUCAAAUCGCCAUUAAUAAAAUUUUUGAAAAAGUAGUUACUAAACAAAUAACUGAAAGUUUUGAUAGUCGAUUGAGUAAAUAUCUUACAGCUUACAGGAAACGUCAUAGCUGCGAGACUGCGCUCUUGUUUUUAACAGAGAGCUGGAGACAGACUUUGGAUAAUGGAGAGUGCGUCGGUUUGCUGUCGACAGAUAUGAGCAAAGCCUUUGAUAGUAUGCUUCCACCACUCCUGUUAGCGAAAUUGAAACCUUGCAACUUUGACGAACAGAGUCUUAAACUUAUGACUUCGUAUUUUAUGCAUCGCUACAGUACAGUGAAGUUGGAAAGCACAACGAGCACAUGGAAACGGGUGAAGAGGCGCCUGCCCUCAAGGGUCAGCGUUUGGGCCUAUGCUGUGGAAUUUAUUUCAGAAUGACGUGACUACGUUAUGAAGUCAAGCAUUUGUAUGUAUGCGGUAGCCUGCGAACAGGCUCUCUUUGAAUUCUCUUUGAAAUUUAAGAGAGAGCCUGCAGGCCUAGGUAAUAAAAACACGUCUGUGCGUUGCUUAGAAUGAUGCAGGGUUAUCAUUGGUUGAAAUUGAGUAGUUGCUUAUUAACUGCAUUAUAUUGCCAUAAAAGGUAAUGAAAUUUACACAACAAUACAUUCAAGGUGUCAACACAAAGUGCGAAAAUCGAAAAAUAUCGUUCUAUAGCGAUAAAAAAUGUAUUAGACGAGUUGUAUAGAAAACUAAAUUUUUGUUUAAAGUUAAAGGAUGGGCAGUCAAAAGCUCUUAACAAUAUUCUAGACGGAAACGAUGUUUUUGCUGUAUAAGAGAGUUUGGCAAAUACAACGGCAACGUUCGUAUAUCAACAAUAGCAUCUUUACUCUGAGACAAAGGCGACUAUAAUUUGCAUUCUUGAGCAUUCUACAGUACAUGGUGUAUAAAAAAAACGCAACCUCGGAAUUUCCUAAGAAAUCACUUCGCAAUUCGUAAGCAUAAAAGAUUUUAGGCCCCUGGGAAUUGAAAUCGAAUUGCUAAUAGAUCAUAUUACUGUUGUUGUGCAUUAAAUAAAUGCAUAAAUUUUGCUUUAUGCACUCGCGUGUGCAGUAAUUUUGACAGUUGCGCUAUUUUAAAUUCCCAGGCGCCUAAAAUCUUUUGUCUUCAAAACAAUGUCGAUUUCUUGGGAAAUUCCGAGGUUGCGUUUUUUUUUAUACACCCUGUAGUACGCUGUAGUUCAGUUCAAACUCAAGUCGUAGCUGGUGUUUAUGUGAAUUCACUUACUAUUGCUACUUCAGGGAAUUUCAGGGUUGUUUGAAAGAAAGACAAGUGCUUUUAAAAGUUUAGUAAUGUAUGUUUUCUGCCGUCGCCUUCGUUGGUUGCCAAACUCACUAAUGACACUAAUAGCAUGUUAAUCAGCAAGAAAAAAGACCUCAAUAUGAACAUUGAUAUCCAAGGCAACACAGUUACUCCCUACAAAAGUAUUAAAUUACUGGGAGUAAACAUUGACUGCCAAUUAAUUUUUAGGGAUCAUAUAAGUGAAGUCUGCAAAAAAUCUAGCCACAGAGAGAGUAGAAGUAAUCAUGAGACUACGGAACAUGAUUCUUAAGGCAGCGAAACUCCAAUUAUAUAAAGCAGCGAUCCUACCGUACUAAACGUAUUGUACUAUGAUUUGGCAUUGUAGGGGAACUGGGGAACGCGUCCAGGAAAGAGCCUUACUGGCAAUAAUAUAUUGUGACUGAAACAGUUGGUAUCAGCAGUUAUUAGAAUGGGCUAAGCUACCCACCUUAUUAAGUAGAAGACUGCAAGAUAUUGCGACCAUCAUGUAUAAGGUCAAAUCUAAGAUCUGCCCAAAUUACAUGGAAGACAUGUUUUCUAGAAAAUCAACAGUAUAUAACCUAAGAGUAAAGGAAUUUUGUAUCCCUAGAUUUAAUACAGUGAACAACGGUAAACAUUCUCUUAGAUAUUUUGGGCCACUGCUAUGGUCUAAGCUACCAGCAAACAUAAGAACUAUUCAGUCAUUAAAAUUAUUUAAAAGAGAAAUUAGAAAAUUAGAUUUAGAGGCAUUAAUGGCUAGUGAUGAGUGUAGGAACUGCUCAGUAUGUAGUUGUUGCCCGCUCACUAAAUUCUCGAUCUAUCCCAUAAUUCACGUAUUAAAACAGUAGAAAGCACAAUUUAUUUCGUAAAACAAUGUGAACAUUAAUAACAACGUGGUUGAUUUAUCGCCAUCUUGAAAAUCUGUUUGUCUGUCCUUUCUCGUUACUAUGGUAACUGUCACAACUGCAUGAUGCAAUAGUUCCUAUUUAACUAAUGUUACAUGACGUAUUGCUAAUGGGCAUCCUACACUCACCCCUCCUAUAAUUUAAGCUGUCCUUAUUAUCUAUUAUAUAGCCCAACAUUUAACGCUAUAGUCUGUACUCAUCUUGGCUACUUCUUGGUCAACUGUGUGGGUUGAUCAGACUCACAAAUAUUGAACCUAGACAUGAAUCUAAACUAAGUGUUUCUUUAUCUUUUCGGGCCCCGCUUUCACUUCUUGUUGGUCAGGAACUUUUCCUGCAAAUUUAACUCUUGUAAAGUUUUAUUGUUUCUGUUUUCUAACAGUCAUUAUUCGCAACAUGAUGGCAAUUUCAACAAUUUUCGUUUUCUGAUUUCGUGACUCUUGAUAUCAGUGUCUAACACCAUAUGUUUGAUGGCAUAAUUGGUCCUUGCCAACUUGACCAAUAUAAUGGAAAUACAGGUAAUGACAUAGGAAGUAUUGGAGGAAAGAACGGUAUUGGAGGUGUCGGGAGCACAGGGUAUUGGUGUAGAUACAUGUUGUUUGUGGCAGGUGCAUGGACCGCGUUAAUACUGGUCCAAUGUUCCGUUGGUUGGCCCAGAUUGCCAUAUCCCAGUCUGGUUGGUGGUCGUCGUACUCGUGAACUAACUGGGUGUGAAUCAACUUGUGUCUCAGCCUCCGCUGCUACCGUGGUACCAGUCGCCGCUUGACUCUCUUGAGCUGGUUCGUCUGGUGUGGCACCUUCUUGUACAGCUUCCUCAACACUACGCUGGGCUUCAUUUUCAACCGACACUGGCACGAAUUCAUCCUCUGGGUCUGUCCGCGUUAAUUCAGGUGCAAACGUAGCAAUCUCGAACUCGUCUUCACUAUCUGUCAGAUAAUCUUGUGUGACCUGUUUCUCCUUCUCACUCUUCUUUUUCUUUUUUAACUGAGCUGGUUUCACAAUAGGAUUCUCCACAGGAAGAUACGUACAUGGGAAUAGCAUGUUUCUAUGCAGUACUCUUGUCUUCUCCCCGCCACUCUCAGGAAUGACUUCAUACACGGGAAUCUCAUUUGAUUUCUGACGCACGAUUUUGUAAACUUUGUCUUCCCAAUACGACCGUAACUUGCCGGGACCACCCCUUUCUUUCACAUUUCGUAUUAACACACGAUCACCGGGUUGUAGACUCGUACUCUUAGCUUUCUUGUCAUAUUGCACUUUCCCACUCGUAGCGUUCUUUUCUGCCUUUUCAGAUGCAAGUUGGUAUGCUUCGGACAUCGAUUCUCGCCAUUUCUUGACAUAUUCAGGAUAAGUGCUAUGGCCAGGUGGGGGUUUCAGACCGUACAUAAGGUCAAUUGGCAAUCGCGGGGGUCUGCCAAAGAGUAGGAGGAAUGGGGAGUAUCCUGUCGCGUCAUUUCUGGUACAAUUGAAUGCAUGUACGACUUUCUGGAGAUGAUCACGCCAACGACUUUUGUAUUUUUCUGGCAAGGACCGAAGCAUUGACAAGAGCGUUCUAUUAAAUCGUUCAACUUGCCCAUUACCUUCGGGGUGAUAAGGGGUUGUCCGAGAGUGUUUAAUUCCGCUUACUUUUUCCAGGUUAAGGAAAAGUUUAUUCUCGAACUCAGCCCCUUGGUCGUGGUGUAUCCUCUCAGGGAAGCCAUAGCGCAAGAUAAAGUCGUUAUAGAGUUUGUCUGCAGCGGUCUUGGCUGAUUUGUCACGAGUCGCGUAAGCUUGAGCAUACAUCGUAAAGUGGUCCAUAACAACCAGGAUGUAUUGAUAGCCUCCUACGCUUGUUUCGAGGUGAAGGUAGUCGAUAGAGACCAUUUGGAAGGGUGCGGUGGGUACGAUUGGAUGUAAUGGUUCACGUUGGUUUCCUACGGGUUUCCGACUCUUUAAGCAAUGACAGACUUUCGUGACGUAGUGAGUUAUAUCUUGUUUCAUGUGAGGCCAAAAAAAUCGUUCUCGAGCCAAGUCAAUGACGCGUUCAGAACCCAAAUGACCCAUCUCUUCAUGCAACUCUUUAUAAACUCGUUGACGUAGACGUCUAGGUAGUACAACUUGACGGACUGUUCCUGCUAGUCGGUAUAGAACUCCAUCAGUCCCCACUUUUAACUUAUUCCAUUCUCUUAACAGCUGCUGUACAGUGUGGCUUUCCUGCUUUCUUUCAUGAGGAGACAAAUACGUGUUCGGUAUUUUAAGUGUUAUGGACGCGGUCAAUAUCUGCGUCGUCAUUCUGUGCUGUCUUCAAAUUUAUAGAUGCUUAAACUAACAUCCGCUCGAGUAAUCUUGCUCCACAAACAGUCGCUUGGAAAGCGUCGCGAUUAACCUCUUCACUGCAUGUUUUCAUAUAAUCGUCAAUAUUCAUAGGCAUUCUGGACAAUGCAUCGGCGUCUCCAUUGAGUUUUCCUGGACGAUAACGGAUGUUGAACUUAAAGUCGGCCAGUUCUCCAAUCCAUCUUAAGCCUGUGGCAUUAAGUCGUACAGAUGUUAAAACGUAUGUUAAUGGAUUGUUAUCGGUAUAAACCGUAAAUUCAGGCGCGUAAUAUAAAUAAUCACGGAAGUGGUCGGUGAUUGCCCAUUUGAGUGCCAGAAAUUCUAAUUUUCCUGCGUGGAGGUGAUAGUUCUUUUCUGCAUUCGUCAGACUCCGAGAGACGUACGCAAUGACUCGCAUUGUCUCUUCCUGUUCCUGGUAUAAGACAGCACCUAGACCGUCUUUCGAGGCAUCAGUGUGCACGAUGUAGGGUUUUUGAUAAUCUGGAUAUGCCAUAACCGGAGGUGUUAUAAGAUGAUCAAUGAGUUUCUCUAACACAGUCUGAUGUAUCUCAGUCCACGCGAUUUUGAAUGAUGAUGGCACUUGACCUUUCUUUCUGGUGUUUUUGUUACCUUUCUCUUGAUCAUGACACGGGUCUGUUAUUGCUGCUUGUGUAACAAGGUCGUAUAAUGGUUUAGCCUUUCGCGCGAAAUUGGGUACAUAACGACGAUAGUAACUGAGUAAUCCAAGCAUUUUUUGCAGAUCUCCUAUUGUAUGAGGAGUAUUGUUCUUUAGACUCGCAACUGCGUUAAUGUUCUCGGGAUCCAUUCUGUAGCCAUCUUUCGACACUACUCGACCGAAGAAUGUGACUUCACGUUUGAACAAUUUACAUUUUCUUUGCUUUAAUUUGACACCGUGUUCUCUUAGGCGACGUAAAACUGUUCGUAAGUGUUCGACAUGUUCGUCGAAUGUUCUACUAAAUACAAUCACAUCAUCCAAAUAAGGAAUGGCAAUUUCAUCACGUAAUUCUCCUAAGCACUGUUCCAUGAACCUCUGAAAACUUGCUGGGGCGUUCAUAAGACCGAAUGGAAUUCUUACCCAUUCAUAUAACCCCCAGGGUGUCACAAAUGCUGUUAACGGUCGGCAGGAUGGUUUCACAAAUCCUUGAUGAUACGCCUUACCCUGAUGCAAUACACUAAACCAAGCGUUACCACCUAAACUAUCGAGAGUUUCUUGGACGCGCGGAAUAGGAUGCCUAUCUGGCACUGUCUUACGGUUAAGUUCUCUAUAAUCGACACAAAGUCGCAGAGUUCCAUCCUUUUUGCGAAUACAUACUACUGGGGAUGAAUAAGCUGAUUUUGACUCUCUUAUAAACUCGUUAUUUAACAAAUCUUCAAUGUACUGUUUUACUUCGGGGUAGAGAGGUCUUGGUACCGAUACAUAGUUCUUUUGCACUGGCUCGUUUGUUGUCAAAUUUAUUUCUAGUUCUAGAUCUUUGAUAUAACCGAUAUCCUCAUCAUUUCUUGCAAAAGAGUGACAUUCUUCCUUCAACAUGUUAGUAACCACUUGACGUUGACGUUCUGUUAAUCCACUAAGGUCAACUUCAGGUAAAAACUGGUCAUCAUUUGUAUUGUCUCGUUCUCGAGUUUCUUUCGCCAUUGCAUUCACUUGGGAUUGUGUGGCUGUUUCUGUUCGUUCUUGUUCUCUGCUUGACUUUUCUGCCAACUUCACUUCUACAGGUGUAAUCGAUUUAAUUAACUGAAGACUUCCUAAUACUGUGUGUUUACGCACGACAAUGUCAUGAUUAGUUGUAUUAGUCGCAUCAAUCUUUACUUGAGACGUUGAGCCUUGUUUCACUGUUGUUACCGUUUCGUGCACCGAUAAACCGUCUGGCCAGGGCGUUAAUUCGUCCGGUUCAAACAAAACAAGUGUAGUUUCUUCUACCGGUCCAGUAUUCGCUCGACAGACGGAAUAACAAAGUCUUUCUUUGGGCUCUUAAUCGUGCAUAGUUCAUUUGCUCUUGCUGUCUGUAUCAGUCUAACCAAUUCGAGUAACACUUUCUCAUCAAAACCUUGAAAACUAGCUUGUACUGUAGCAAUAUGUGCUGACUGAAUAUCAGAUGUAUUCAUCGGCUUGAUUAGUUCUUCAAUAACAUUGUAUCCAAGAAUGGGAUAUUCUAAACUGUCGUUUGUUACUAAGAAAGGAACCAUAACUGAUGGAUCCUUUUCUUUUGAUGAAAUCAAUCUAACUUCUAUCUCAGUCCAACCACUAUACGCAAUUCGUGUACCAUUAGCUGCUGUUAAAUCCAAUUCACCAUUAAUAAGUUCUGAAAUGUUCUUUAUAACAUUUUUAGGAAAGUGUUUUUCCAUCAUUUCUUUGGACACGAUAGAUACUUGUGCACCCGUAUCCCAUAAUACUGUUGACUCAAAUUCAUUUAGAGAACACUUUACAGUGCACCGUCUACCUACUAGCUUAGCAAUCUUUGCAUGCUCACUAGGAGUUAGGUGACUGGUAAAUGUCUUAUUAUUGCUGCGUGUUUUGUUUUGACAUGUCCAUGUCAGGUCCCGAAGAGUUUUACAAUUGUUCCUAUGAUCAUUCCAGUGUCUUUUCUGGCAAUUUCUUGAACAAUUAAUUAUACAUUUGCAUUGUGCACAACAGUACAAUGUCAUUUGAUCAUCGUCCUUGCCACAAUAACUACGUCUUUGGGACCGCAAACUUCUUUCGGCUACUUCUGGCCCCGGAGAGGCAGCCUCCUGGAGUUUAAAGCAUUCUUUCCACGAUUCUGUCGACAUCCAAUUGCAAAAUGAUUGUCACUUCCACAAAUGAAACAAUGAGAGCAUUUGUCAUUUCCACUAGUUUGGCACUGCAAGCAUUUUGGCGGCGUAUUUCUUCUCUGGUUUCUAGUGUCUACUGGCGCAGGCGAAUUUGGUAAUCGAGCUUGUUCAGUUUCUUGGUUGAUAUCCUUCAACUGACUCUUAACUUGUGCCACUUCAACUUUUAGUGAUUCCAGAGUCUUUAGAAUUUUAUCUUGGGACUCAGCUUUCUCUGCUACCUGGGAAACCUGGGCAGGCUUUGGGCGGUUCUGAUUUCUUAGUUUUCUUACCCGUUCAUUCUCUGUCGACACUGCAUUAUUUACUUGCAAAAUAAGCUCCUCAUCUGAUAUUGUGGGGUUUCUGAGGUACCCCCUAACCCUUACUCUAACAUUUUCAUCUUGAAGGCCAGUUUCAACAGUACGUAGAAACAGCUUUUGAAUAUGAUCAUUUUCAUAAACCAAAGUGUCCUCACUUUGAUCUUGAGUGCUUGAAAACAGGAUUUCUGGCGUAAAUCCAAGGCACGCAUAAGGAAUUCUUGUGGUGUUUCCUUUGACCCUUGACAUAUUGAUGCAAAACUUUGAUAUAGCUCAGUUGCACUUUUUACAUCAUAAUGGUUUCGAAGAAUUUUUCGUAACCGCUCUAGAGAUAGAUCCUUGUAAGUUUCUACAUAACUUCGAAGAACCAUUCCACCAUUAAUUGUACGAAUAACACCGUCCACAAUUUCCUGUUCUGUGUACCCCUGUUUAACCCCAGUGUCUAUUUGUCUUGUCAGGGAUGUGAAACUCAACUUGUCUUUCUCAUUUGGCUGUCCAAUUUGUCCCACAAUCUUAAAUUGUCGACGAAAUACACUUGUAGAUUCUAACAUACCUUGUAAUGUGCUUUGACUUUGUCCUGCGUUUUGUUUUACAGGGGGUACUGAUUCUGAAACAUCUUUUUCUUUUGGUUCUGUGCUCAUAAAGUAACGUGAGCGAAAUUCUGUCAAGAAUAACAUUCGUUGUUCCUCGUUUUUGUCCAUCAAUUCUUUAUCAGUGUGGUUAAAAAUCAUGCAAACAAUUGUACUUUUCCUGUGUUCGGAAAUAUCAAGUUUAAAAUCCUUUGCCAUAGCCUGGAGCGUUUCUUCGGGUGCUUGGCAAACCGUUGUUUGCAUCUCUACUUGUAGUUCUUCAGCCAUAAUCGCCAGCAAAUCACCAAAAGCAAAGAUCAAAAUACGAAAAUCAAGAAUUUAGAAAAGCGUAAAAAUCAUACUUUUUCCUUCGCAUUCACAGCUUCUUUUAUGUAUAAAAGUCUGGGUGGGACCUCCAAUUUGUUGCCCGCUCACUAAAUUCUCGAUCUAUCCCAUAAUUCACGUAUUAAAACAGUAGAAAGCACAAUUUAUUUCGUAAAACAAUGUGAACAUUAAUAACAACGUGGUUGAUUUAUCGCCAUCUUGAAAAUCUGUUUGUCUGUCCUUUCUCGUUACUAUGGUAACUGUCACAACUGCAUGAUGCAAUAGUUCCUAUUUAACUAAUGUUACAAGACGUAUUGCUAAUGGGCAUCCUACAUAGUACACAGUAGUAAAUAUUUUAUCUGUAGGAAUUUACCUACUUAGAAAUUAGUUAUUUAUUUAUGUAAAUAGUGUCCUUACUUUUUAUUUUUAUUUUUAUUACUUUUUAUACUGCUAUCAUUUUUUGACACUUUAAUAAAGUUAUUAUUAUUAUACUCUUAUACAUUUGACUUCCGGCCUUCGACAACAAGUCAUCAACGUGCAGGUCCCAGCAGCACACACCUGGCAGUUUUCAUCAUUUCUUACUUUCAAUACAUUCGAUAGGCACUGCAUGGUUGGCGACUUAGAAGUUUCACCACUCGGAAGCAGCUCCCAUGGUUUUAAUAAAUUAAAGUCAUGUUUUCGCUCGCUACUCUGGUUUAUACAUAAAUGAAUACAAAACCCAGUCGAAUUGUAAUCAAGACCCAACGUUUCGACACCCCAGUCUAGUGUUUUCUUCAGGGAUGAUCUAAAGUUGCAAUGUGGAUUCUCAAAUACCCCCAAGGGAUGACGUCAUCUGCCAAUGAGAUGCAUGUAUUCCUCUGGCAAAUAGGCACCGUCAUCCCUAUUCAAAGCAUGACUACUCAUAUUUAUAUGCCACGCUACUAGACAUCGUCUUUGACCAUACAGAUUCUUUGUGGUAAUUACUUUAGAAUUUUCCCACGCAACUUGUGUUUGAUGCCACACGCAUGUUCUGCUAAAGCUGAUUUCCCCUUGUUUAAAGUUGAAACAGCCUUUUGAUGUUCUAUUCUUUUAGCCGUGUACCAAACUGGCGUUUAGACUGACCAAAAUAAUAAACCGAUUAUUGACCUCGCUUGUUCGGUCUGUACUGUGAAAUAUCAGACCUCUGUUUUUUGCAUGGACCUCGCUCCUUCGUCGCUUGGUCCAUACUAAAAAACAGAGGUCUGAUAUUUCUCAGUACAGACCGAACAAGCGAGGUCAAUAAGCCGUUAGUAUUAAACGCCUGAUAAUUGAUAAAUAACCAUGCAGUGCGAGCACAACGGCACCAAAAUAAUAACAAAUAACAGAAUAUAAGGCAACUUAAAAACAGCAAAGCUUUACCUACCUCGAUCUAUUUAUCUAAGGCGCUAAAUUACGUAAAUUUUCGGCGAAAAAUCAAUAUUUUCUUUGCGUUUCCUCGACGAAAGCCGUGAACAAAAGCGUGCAUAUUAAAUUGUUCACAUCACACGAGAAUGCUCGUCGGAAAAACUCGGUAUUUGUCUUAUUUUACGAAUCUGUCACGUGAUAUACCACCGCCAGUACAACGCUCAACGCGACACGAAAUUUAGAGCUAUAUGAAAGUUGCAUGCCCAUAUAUGGGUAUGCAACAAAAACCAGAGUAACGAGCGAAAACAUGAUUAAUAUACCUCGAGUUGCUGUGAACGAACAAACUUUUGUCAUUCUCUAUUCAAAGUCAGUUCCGUAUUCAAAUUAAUUUUCUCCUCUUUACAUUUAAAUUUUUUUAUCUUAAUUAUACAGGGUAAUUUAGCAAACGCAACGCGAUGUCAGGACCUGAAGUUUACGCCAUACACAUCACGUUUACUUGCGGUUUGAAUCUGCGACCUUUAUCGUUUAUCUUUUUUGCCAGGAGAUAAUUUCCUGGAGCUAAUAAAGUUUCAUAUAUUAACUACGAAGGGUAUCAUAUUAUGAUAACAUAAAGAUUUAUGAUAAAUAUUAUGCCGUAUCAAACGCUAAUCGGAAUAUGGUGUCACAUGAUCCUAAAACUUUGCGCUAUCCUUAGGAUAUCUGAGUUUUAAUACUAUGGUCGUUCAGCGAGAGUGACAAUAUUUUGGAAGUAACUGAUUGAAUAUUGAACUGUUUCAAAAGAUCAGACCACACAAUAGACUGCGACAUAUAAUAUAAAAAACGUUUGGCCUGUUAGUCUAAUUUACUGCAAUGUUAAAAUGCGGCUAGAACACAGUUCCGUUCACAGCAUUUAACUAAGUUGAUUGUUGUCUGUUUUCCAGGAUCAAGUGAGACUACGUGCAGUAGGAAUGAAACCUAACACCGAACCUCCACAGGAAGUACUUCAAGUCUUGCGACCGGAAGAGUCAGAGAACCAGUUCCCGCCUAUUGUGUACCUAUUUGUUGCACUUAUUUUUGGAAUUAUCAUAGGGAAAUUUCUUUUGUGAAAUAUUUGAAAUGUACUUAUAUUAGGCACAAACAUGAAAUGAGUUAAUUCGAUGAGCAGUAUCGGAAGAGCAAAUAUUACAUCGAAUGAUCCAGAACAAAACGAUAUGACAUUUGUAAGUGGUGUUAGACUAUGUUCAAGACACUUCUAACAUAUGGCAAAUGAAAUAAAUAUGUAAUUAACGGUAGUUACAGUUAACUGUGUACGAUAAAUCCCCUAGUCUCCUUCGUGGACGUUCUUAUCGCUCCAACUCUAACAAGCGUCUGAUGAACUGAGCUGCACAUUCCAUUUCCUUCGUUUCCGGAGCCAGAGUUUCGAGAGGUCAAAUCCGCACGAAAACUAUCUGCACAUGUGAGAAACUUGCUUAGCUAGCUGCCACGCGAGGCGGUUAGCUCAGCAAGUUCCUCUCGUGUGCGGCAGGCUUGACGUAUAGAACAUCACGAAGUUUCUGCGGAAAACUGUUUUGGUUAUUUCUUGUAGUUUCUACAAACAAUCGUUACAAAGUUCAACAUCGUAUGUUUAUAUUAUUAGAGAAAUUUAAAUUAUAAACAGUGUGAACUAUGUCAUUUCGUGUAAUCUGAUAUUAUUAUUACUCAUGCGGGCCCCAAUGUGACCAGAUUUGGUAAAAAGUUUUACUUUUGGUAAAAUUUCGUGAAUUUUCAAGAAAAUUUGGUAAUGAGUUGUUUUUG